AUGGGUCUUCUGGCACUAGGCACCGCUCUAUCGUGGCACGAAUCUAGAAGUUAUAAUGACCGACUGAAGACUGAGGGUAUCGAGCAGUUGCUGGCAGUUUUCAAGGCAGCCUCGAAGAGGGAUAACGAUACAUUGUUUUGGGGCGAUGAAAUUGAGUACAUGAUGAUAGAGUACGAUGAUAGCGAAAAGAAUGCAAUGUUAGAUGUGAACGAUGAUUGUAUUUUAAAAAUAUUGAAUACUGAUGAUUUGCCCGUUUGCAAUGCCAACGAUGUCCAUUUCCAUCCUGAAUAUGGGAGAUUCAUGUUGGAGGCCACACCGCUGAAGCCAUAUGAAGGAUAUGCUGGAAAUUAUGUUGAAUAUAAUAUGAACAAGAGAAGAUUUGUUGCUGAGAAAAAGCUUUCCGAGAUAACUGAGCAAAAAUCGAAAGCAAGAUUUGGCUUUCUAACAUUAUCCGUAUUCCCUAGAAUGGGAUGCGAUGAAUUUAUCAAUGUCCCAAAUAUGUGGAAUCAUAAAAAUUCGGCUUCAAGAUCUCUUUUUCUGCCCGACGAGGUCAUAAACAGACAUAUUCGUUUUCCAACUUUGACUAGAAAUAUCAGAACGAGGCGAGGCGAGAAAGUCUGCAUCAAUGUUCCAAUGUAUAAAGACCAUAAUACCCCGAAAGUGGACGAUUCGAUCUAUGAACGGGAUUGUUUUUCGCCGGAAGAUCAAGAAUCGGCACUUGCUUCAAAGCCAGGAUUCAUAUACUUAGAUGCAAUGGGUUUCGGAAUGGGAUGUAGUUGUUUGCAAGCGACCUUUCAGGCUCCUAAUAUUGAAAUGGCACGGUAUUUAUACGAUGCUUUCGUAAAUUUUGCACCUAUUAUGUUGGCAGCAUCAGCCGCGGCACCAGCGUUUAAAGGUUGGUUAGCUGAUCAGGACGUCCGUUGGAACGUUAUAUCCGGAGCAGUUGAUGACAGGACUCCACAAGAGCGUGGUGUGCCUCCGUUAUUACCAAAAUCAAACAAAAACGGAUUCGGUGGAAUUUCAGAAGAGGCACAGAGUUCAAGUAAGAGAAUUCCGAAGUCAAGGUACAGCACUGUCGAUUUAUAUCUCGGUGGGAAUAAAUUUUUUAAAAGAAGCUAUAACGAUACCGAAGUUCCAAUCAAUGAUCGAGUGAUGAAUAGAUUAAUGGAGAACCACAUCGCACCCCUGGACUUCGACCUAGCCAAACAUUUCGCCCACUUGUAUGUGAGAGAUCCAUUAGUCAUCUUUGAGGAAGAUUUGCAGCAAGACAAUCAAACUUCUACUAAUCAUUUCGAAAACAUACAGAGUACGAACUGGCAAACUUUAAGAUUUAAACCACCUACCCAGGAUGCUACCCCAGAAAAUAAGAAGGUUCCUGGCUGGAGAGUUGAAUUUAGACCUUUGGAAAUUCAAUUAACCGAUUUUGAAAAUGCGGCAUAUUCUGCAUUUUUAUAUCUAUUAGCUGAAUUUUUCCUGACAUUUUCAGAAAGGGUAAAUUGUUAUAUCCCUAUGUCUCAUGUUUGGGAAAAUAUGGAUAGGGCUCAUCACAGGGAUGCUGUUUUGGAGGCAAAGUUCUUCUGGAAAGACCGCUUUGACGGAAGUGAUGAUUGUACUGCUAAAGAAUAUUCGAUAAAUGAAAUCUUUCAUGAUGAAAAGAACGGUAUUUUUUCAACUUUUAUCAUUCCAAUUUUACGCCAUAAAAGGUUUAUUUCGAAAACAUGGGAAGAACUAAAAAAUUCAAGCGACCAUGUAAGGUUAUUUCACUACCUGAAAUUAAUAUCAGAUAGAGCAAGUGGAAAGUUACCAAGUACCGCCAGAUUUUUUCGGGAUUAUAUAUUAAGUCAUCCCGAUUACAAGCAUGAUUCCAAAAUUUCCAAGACAAUAAAUUACGAUUUGCUGGAAAUGUGUGAUAGGAUAACUCAUUUAGAUGACUCUAGGAACGAAGUUUCAAUGUUUCUAGGGCAAGAAAUUGGUGAUUAUAUCACCAACAAUGUGCUCUUCACUUAUAGAUAG